UGAGUAUGGGGUAUCUUAAUGUCGAGCACAUUCUUGUUCUCCCUUGACAUCGCUUAUUGCGGCAGAGCUGUGCUGCCCACAUUUUGGGAUCAGUCAUCUUAAAACUCUGGUCGGGCAAGCAUGUUUUUUGUGUUAGUCGUUCCAUUUAAACCUUGUAAAAUGCGGAUCAUAGAUGUUUUGUUAAUCGCAGUUCUUUUUCUGCUGAUGCCAAAAUCAAAUGCCGAAAUUCCCGGUUGCGACUUCUUUGACACCGUAGACAUUUCAAAAGCGCAAAGGUUCUCGAACGGAUCGUACCUCUACGAUGGCUUGCUGAUCCCCGCCCACUUGACUGCUAAAUAUGACUACAAGCUCCUGGCCAACGACUCGAAGGAGGAAGUGGCGAGCCACGUACGAGGAUGUGCCUGCCACCUUAGGCCCUGCAUCCGGUUUUGCUGCCCCCAGUACCAAAAGAUGGAUUCGGGCGUAUGCUACGGCGACAUGUCAGAGGACGAGCUGAACAAGCACGAUCCCUUCGUGAACGUGACGCUCAGCGACGGGUCGGUGGUCAGGAGACACUUCAAGGACCUGAUCGUGCAGUCGGACCUGGCCAAGCCCGGAUGUCCCAAAAUGUACGUUAUGCAUCACGAACUGCCGGGCAACGAAUUCACGCUGUUUGAGAAUGGAUCUCUUCUGCGUCACUGGGACAAUGCGGAACUGAGCAAGCGGGAGUACUGCGUCCAGCAUCAUUCAUUAAAGGCUGAUAGUAUCCGAAUUGCACCCCACUUCUGUCCACUUUCGUCUGAGCACUCCAGAACGUGGAAGACCGUUGCGAUUGUGAUAUCCAUGAUAUGCAUAAUCCUAACGAUCAGCGUGUACCUCUAUGUCAAGAAGCUUCGCAACCUGCACGGAAAGUGUUUCAUUUGCUACUUGGCCUCCUUGUUCCUGGGCUAUCUCUUCCUGCUCCUCAACGUGUGGAAAUACUCCUCCGACUUCUGCGUUACAGCAGGGUUCAUGGGCUACUUCUCCGUCAUGGCCGCGUUCUUUUGGCUUUCUGUGAUUGGAAUACACUUGCGGAUUACGUUCAGUACACCCUCUAACGGUUUGAACCGAUUCCUGCCAGAUAAUCCGUUCCGUGCUUACAACAUAUAUGCCUGGGGCAUACCGCUACUCAUGACUGCAAUCACCUAUAUAGCUGACCAGGUAGUUGAUGACGAGAAUUUGAGACCCCGCGUGGGCAUCGGCAAUAAUUGUUGGAUCUACACUGGGGAUAUGACUGUCAUGAUCUACUUCUAUGGCCCGAUGCUGUUGCUAAUCGCUUUCAACAUAACAAUGUUUGUCCUUUCGGCGCUUGACAUAUAUAACGUAAAGCACAGUGUGAAUGGCUUCGCCAAAAAGCAAGAAACAAACCAACAGCUAAAUGACCAACAAUUGUUUACUAUAUUCCUGCGACUUUUUAUCAUCAUGGGCUUGUCGUGGAGCUUUGAGAUAUUAUCCUUUUUGAUGACCAAACAGCAAGCUUGGGCUGAGGCUUUAAAGGUGGCUGACUACUUUAACUGGUCCCAGGGUACUAUCAUAUUCGCGCUUUUUAUUUUAAAGCCUAGCGUUCUAAAACUGCUAAUACCAGGGGGUCGAAACCUCCCAGGAAGUCACCAUAAUUCGAGAUCAAAAGCAGCUCGAGAUAAUUCAACCCAUACGGCUUGUGAAGGAUCGAUUGCGGAUCCAAACGGAGUGUAGCUUUAAUUGAAGGUCGUAGACGAAGAGUCGCUUGGAAUUCAGUAAGAUGCAAUGUCUUUGUAAUUGAUCACAUUAUUUUGAUUUUCUGUAGAGCCAAAGCUUCUAAAAAAAUGUUUGUGUCCAAGGCAAUACAUAAUUUCUUGGUUAGUAUUAGUAUAUAAAUGUGUAUCGCCAUUAAAACUAUAUAAAAAGCAAUAAAUAUUUAAUGAUAAAAAAUAAAACACAAAAACAAGAAAAGUAAAAUAUUUUUCGGAUCAUCAACUUUUUUGUAAGACUAAAUGUAAAUAUAUUUCUGGCACCGGAGUUUCAAACCAGGGUUUGCGUCAACAAUGCUGGCCCAUCACUGGCAAGUACCAAACGAUUACAGAAAACUUUUGCUAAUCGAUUAAGCAUCGGGGGUCAUCGAUGUUUCUCCACCUCUACAAUUUCAUGUUGUUUUUUUAGUCGCGGCUGUUUGACGUUUGUCGCUUUCCUCCGUUGCGAAUAUAAUAUAUUACGUAGCUCAUUUUAAUACAAACGGAAUUGCGAGCGCAACGACGACAACAACAACAGCAGCACUAACCGUAAGCGCAGGGGCCAAAAAUUAGAUUGCGUUUGCGGCCGCAAAGAUUUGAUGACGUCGCAUACGCCGUCUUCUAGGGCGUAAAAAGCAAAGCAAAGCAAACAAACGCGAAAAGCGAAACGUGUAAACGGCGUAGAAGCGAUAAACGCGACUCAAAUACGCAGCAGAUAAAAUACAAUACGCGAGAAGAGAAAAGUCACGGGAAUUAUUUUUCAUAUUCGGCGUCUUUUUGCGAGCGUAAACGUGUGUGCGUGGGCUUGUGCUUUUGCCAGUGUCGUGUGUGUUAAGUGCCAGUGUGUGUGUGUGUGAUUAAGAGGAUAAAAAGGAAUAGAACGGUAAAUGCAGCGCCGCAAAAAUGUGCAGCCUGACGCCAAACCACAUGGUAAACGUAACGCAGCAG